AUACUAUUAGUUUUAAACGUUUUGAAAUAAGUACUAGGAGUUACCUUGAUGGUCAUGCAUGCUGGGGACCAGCAUCUUGUCAUUGACUGGUUUUUGGAUUAUUUUUAUUGAUUAGAUAAAUCGGGAAAAUGAUUCCAGACAGUCGAGUGCUGAAACAUCGCAUGACAGCGCGAAGCAUUUGCCGUGAAAUUCUUUCUUAAAAAAUUCGCAAAGUUAAAAUUAAGGGUGACGGACGAUUUAUGAGUGUAGUUUUAAAAGUUUCCUUCUGGGAGUGUGACGUUUUGGCCACCAGUAAGCCAACAGGUGCUGGUCUUGUCACGCAACGCAUUUCUGUCACGCCAGAUAUAGCUGGUGCUUCUUUGAAAAUCACGAAUUCCACACACACACACACACAMAAAAACAAAACCCAAAUUUCACUUUGUGACUAAUAUUAUGUUUUUGCAUCUUUCCUCGUUUACUGAUUGUAUAAUAGUGUAGGAUUGCAUGUUUCCAAAAUUUGUGAUCAAUGGACGCAUAUCUCAUGYCGAGAAAGCUUCACUUGUAAAUUCUAAUCCUAAAACCACAAGAAGACCUUGUUUCAUUGAUAUCUAAUACUUGUAUUGGGUACGCUUUCUCCGAAUUUUUUUCUUUUCGUAAAUGUAAAGAUUAAGGGUGUGGUGAGUCGAAUCUAGGUGACAUCAUAAUGUGAACAGUGAAGUCAGUAGGGUGUUGGUCUCACGCGAGAUGGGUGUUGCAAGAUUGUUCACUUUACUUGCAAAAACAAAGUCACACUCUUUGGAAGUAGGCUCAAGGACUGCUUCCCUGGAUAAUUUUAUUUUCAAGGACAUCUUUUGGUAUUKAUGGCCUUAAAUCUCGUGGUCUAAAGUUUACCCUGAAGCCGAUAUAUAAAGGCAAUUUUUCGUGGUUCGUCUUCUGAAGUGGGUUCGAAUCAUUGCUAACAAGAAUUCCAAACUACAUUCGCAUCCAAGAUGGCCAAGAACUAGAAAGACCAGAACGCAUAAUUUAUACGCGMCUAUUUUUUCUUCUUCAUCGUCGUCUAGUUCUGUUUAAUGCGACAUAUUUUUCGUGGUUAACAAAGGAAAAUACUUAAGUCGUGGUUUGAGUAUUGUCUUUCUAAUUUUUUCAACCGUCGCAAGAAAUUCUGACGAAAUCUUCACAAGAUUAUAGCUUUGUCUACACCAUCACCUUAAAGAUAUUUUGACAAUUAGAGGCGACAUUACCAUAGACACAAGUUUGUUUUUUCAUUGUUUUGGAGAACGAGAAGAACUUUUAUUUCGAAGCUAGGCAUGCCGGGUUACGAGGUGAAGUUUGUAGGCGGUCCCGUGGACAAGUCUUUCGAGUGUCCCGUUUGUCUGACUGUCUUGCGGGAUCCUGUACAGGUAACGCCGUGUGGUCACCGUGUCUGUAAGACGUGCAUUCAGCCAAUAUUGAGGAAUAAAAGACCACGAUGUCCACUGGAUAACCUCGCGCUAAGAGCCGACAAGGUUUUCCCUGACAACGCCUGUCAUCGUCAGAUACUUUGUCUUGAUGUUUUCUGUGUCCAUCACGAYAAAGGAUGCUUAUGGGAGGGUCCUCUGAACGAUCUACAGCACCACCUUGAGUCCAGUUGUGAAUACAGUGAUAUAUCYUGCCCAAAGAAGUGUGGCGUGUCUUUAGAGAGAAGGAAGGUAGAUGAGCACUAUGUGGAAUGCGAUAACCGACUGACGCCGUGUGAGCACUGUGGUCGAAUGGUCGUUUUUUCGGAAAUGAAUCUCUCGCUACACAUGAAUACAGAGUGUCCUCUUCUUGUCAUCCCCUGUACAUUUGCUGACGCAGGCUGCUACUACAAGGCUGAGAGACAAAAAAUGUCGUCCCACCUGGCAGAGAAUGUCCAAACUCACCUAAUAAUGCUCUGUGAUCUCGUCAAAGACCAAAAACAACAGCUUUCACUUCAAAAAGAGCGAGUCCAACUACAAAAAGAACACCUACAGCUCCAGAAAGAAACCCUGAUGGCACAACAAGACGAACUGGUCGAAACAAGAAGCAGGACGGCAAAUGGAGAAUUCAUUUGGAGAAUCACUGACUUUACUCGGAAACUCAUGGAUGCCAAGUCAGGACGAUCGUCUGAACCGCUGAUCAGUGAGCCCUUUUACACCCACCCACACGGGUAUAAAAUGUGCGCUGGAGUUUGGCUCAAUGGGAUUGGUACAGGAAGGGGACGGUAUAUCUCUGUUGGACUGCAGGUCCAAGUCGGUGAGUACGAUGGAAUCUUAAAAUGGCCUUUCUUCCCUCGAUAUACCUUUACGCUUCUCGACCAAUGCGAGUCUGCCAAGGACAAGAAAGAUAUAGUAGCAACCUUCGAGCCACAAGGAAUCGCCCGACCAUCGAUAAACAGACAGCUCGGUAAAGGAGCCAGAAGAUUCGUUCUCCAAGACGACAUUCAGGGAUCUUCAUACARCAAAGAUGACACGGUGUUUAUCAAAUUUACGGUCGGACUGAAGCAAACUCCUUYGCCAUUUUUUUGAAUUUGGUGACACUGAUCUUUGAACUCAUAACUAAAAAUUUAUUUUAGUGUGAGUUAUUGAAGAAAUACGAAGUCAAAAUUACGAAGUUAUUGCAUGGCGGCCAUAUUGGAUCGCUUUCAGCGAAGCACGAGACGAGCCAAGAUGGCGGCGAUGAAAGAGGAAGUUGGCUUUACCGCUAGGCAUUGUUCUUUCCUAAUUUUUCUUUUUUAAUUUUUCUUUUCUUUUUUUUCAAAUUGAAUCAGUACUUUCUCAUCGACUACAACCCUAUAUUUCAAAAGAUUUAGUAUUUUAACAUCCACUGUCGCUGGAAAAAAAUAAGUAUUUUAUACAAUGAAAAGCAUUAUUUGCCUUCUUUCAAUAUCAUACGACAGACCGAAUUUUAUGAUAUUA